AUGACCCUCAUCUCCAUAUUGAAUCAUCCCAACGAAAGUGUUCUCGGAUACAGCUUGGUACGUCUUGUUGGAAAAGUCUUGUCCGGAUCAGCACAAACACUCACGAUAAUACAAGAUCCAGGUAAUAAGAAAACGAAAUGGGAAAUUAAAGGAGGAUAUUUUAAGGCUUUGAUCUUGCUCAAGGAAGGAGCAAAUCAUUUAAAGCUUCUAUGUGAUACGGAUGAGGAGAAAUCGCCUCCUCCGUUGCAAUGGACUCUUACGUAUGAUAGCUCUCUCAUCAAUACCACAGAGUAUACUUCGAGAAAUAUUCAACGUGUAAGACCGGUGUAUGUGUAUUGCCGAGAUCAUGAUGGCUCGUUCCAUACAAUGAAGGACGGUAAGACAGGAGGUAAUGAUUUAUCGGCUGCCAUUCGAAAGAUGCAAAUUGCUGCAUUGCUGUUGCAAACUUUCUGUGCCGAGGCGUUGAAAAGUCAAAAAACCUUUGCAUUGGAAGUUGACAAGACUGAUUCAAGUUUACCUCAUGUGACUGUAUUGCAAUUGAAACAUUGGAAAAGAGAAGAUUUGGCCAGCUUAUCCAACGAUUGGGAACAAGACGGAGGUUUUGCUGGGUAUAAUGCUCUCCUUUCAGAGUUGAACGAGUAUGAUCAAAAUAAUUCGAGCGUGGUCUAUUUUGCAAUACUGGGAGGUUCGUUCUAUAAUCCUGUGACAAAAAAGACAAGAAUGGCCACUGCGUUGGGAGGUGGUAAACUGGGUCUUUUCGCUGAUGUUGCCUUGCAUACAUAUCCCUCAAGUGUAGAUGAAAUAGUCGCGUGUUGGCAAGACUCACGUCGGGUUGAUGUCAACCAAGUGAGAGAUGACAGCUGUGGAAGAGGAACCUUUUGGGCAAAUUUUGCAACUUGCUUGGGGGCAAGUAUGCAUGAGGUUGGUCACUGUUUUGGAUGCCCUCAUACUCCUGGUGUAUUCACUGGAGUUUCAAAAUGUAUGAACAAUACAUGCAGUAUCAAUGAGUCUUCAUUGAACAACGAAUGCUUUUCAAGUCGCAUUCAACAAGACUCCUCUUCCUUGAAAGACGCACACUAUUAUGUCAUUGGCCCAGACGUUAUUAACCGAUCAAGCUUUGAGAAUGUGAGAGGAAAAGAGUGGUUAGAGAGACAUGGUGACCGACCAUUUGCAACAUUCACGGAACAAUCCAGAAAUGAGGAAGAAAUUAUGUUAUUCGAUUCAGGACGGAAUAUGUUAUUGAGAUUAACCAUGACUAUGGUUCAUUGGAAAAUGAAUAACCCUGAGGCUGUGACAUGGAAUUUUCUUGGUAAUGGUUAUCCUCUUUUUCUAUCAAAUCCAGAUCACAAGAAAAUUAUUGAAGCACAUUGUUGUGUCAUUAGAAAUGAUUAA